CGUGUCUAAAGGAAAGGGAGCGUUACGCAACAAGGAAACGUACAGUAUGGCUGCCAAAUGAGCAAGUUGGAAGCUGAACACAUUGAACCUGGAAGCGGAAUAAACAAAUCGGAAGUUUAGAAUGGCCACUGAGGGAGAACCGACAGAUGUGGUGAAGGUGCUUCACCUAUUGGUCAUGGCGUUUACAUGGGGCAUGCAAGUGUGGGUGUCAUUCAUUGCAGGGUUUGUGUUAUUGUCCAAAGUCACUCUGCACACGUUUGGCUUAGUUCAGAGCAAACUUUUCCCCAUGUAUUUCUACUGCUUGCUGGGCAGUAACACAGUCAGCUUGGCCAUAUACGCUGUCUACCAUCCCAGAGAGCUGCUGAACUGGCAUGAGACUACACAGAUGGCACUGUUCUUUGUGGCUGUGAUCAUGGCAGGGUUGAACGUGCAGUGGUUCAGUCCAGCUGUCAUUGAGCACUUUCUGGUGAUGAGGGAGAUCGAGCAGGAACAUGGUCUCGGUGGAGAGAUCGGCUUUUCCACCAACAGAGAGCGCUAUGUCAAACUCCGUGAGCAGGAUCCAAAAUACAAGGCCCACAGAAAGAGCUUUUACCGCUACCACGGCCUGUCUAAUCUGAGCAACCUCAUAGGCUUUGCUUGCAUCACCGUCAAUCUCAUCUACCUGGCACUUAAUUUGUCUUCACUAUAAUGUUAUUGACCAAAAACAUACAACCAGUUAGUAAAACCUGUACAUGUAUGUUUGAUACGGCGGGCCAGAGCAGAACACACCUAAUUCAGUUCUGAACAGGAAUUCACUGAACACAGCAUAAAAAUGAUAUCUUACCAUGUAAAAUAUGAAUAUUCUCUUGUUUUGACAUGUUUUAUAUAUAAAAAAAUGUUAAGCCUAUUUCUAGACAUAUUUUAAAAUGCCUUGUUCCUAGAAACAAGCAAAAUGAUCUGCCAACAGAAGACAGGUUUAAGCUUGUGACUAGUAAAGAUUUUUAGAAUUUUGAUGGCUUUAUAUUUGAUUCAUUUGAUACAAAAAUCUCAUAAUGUAAAAUAUUUGAUAGCUUUUAUUUUGUUCAAAAUAUUUAUACAUGCUAAAAUAUCAUUUUUUGCAUUGAAUUAUCCAGACCAUGAGGGUAUUUUUUUCUGUUUGGGUUUUUUUCAUCGACUAUUAUCUCCUAUAUCCUAUACAACACUAUACAUGAAAAUGGCACAGAUAAUUGUACAGGUACGGUAAUAACAAGUAGAAGAUGAUGGACCAAUCAAAUGGCUAAAUCAUAAAAAAAUUAAGCACAAUAAUAUUCUGAAUACUACAGAAAUUUGGACUAUACAAAGUGUUGAUUUACUUUUAUUACAUUAAUUGUGUUAUGUUACUGUGAUUUUCACUAUAGCACAGCUAAGAGUAAUGGGUUUGCAUUAUACAGCUAUACUAUCUGAAACUUAUAAAUAUAUGCAAUAUUAAAGCUAUCAUAAUCCAUAAUUAGUUCUCAUUAAUGUGAAAGCAUUUAGUUAAUGUGACAGCAAAACCUGAUUUCAUUUAUUUUCAACUGCAUUUGGAGAAAUGAGCACAUUUCCUGAGAAUAUAUGAGGAGUUAGUUUGUAAAUGUUUUAGUGUUUUAAAAUUGACAUUAAUUUGAAUUUGUAUUGCAUGUAUAAAAGUGUUAUUUUAUAUGAAUGAACCAUAAAUCUGCUCUUUCACAGUU